CCUCAAGAACAGCGGACGUCUUCAAAUCAUAACAACAUUCGCUGACGGCGGCGUCGCAGACCGCGUCCGGCAGUCGCAGGCGCCUGUCCGAUAUGUUGCGCGCGUGUGUGUUACUUGUGUCGGUGUGCGUGGCCGCUGCUGCCCUGAGCGGACGAGGUUUCUUUUGCCGGGAUCCUGACACAGGAAAACUCCACGCAGUAAACACAACUUGGGCGUCGAGUACAUUCUGCGGCAACUACCACUGCAAACUAAGGAGAAAGAAUAUAACAGAAACAGAAUACCCACCUAUUAGGCAGAUGAAUAUAACAAACGUCAAACUACCAAGUCGUAAUGCCAUUAAGGAAACAGACAAAAAUGAAACAAACCCUAUAAAAAAACAAGCUGUAAAAGAUGUAGCCAAGAAAGACAAGCAAUCUGAUCCUGAUAUUAUAAGUGAAAUACUAAUACAAGAUAUAAUUCCAAUAGACAGAAAUAGAGGGAUUAAAUUUGAUGAACCUAUCGAUGAUUUGAAUGACACAGAGAACGAUAGAUAUUUAACAGAUAAAGAAAUUAAAUCAAUAUCGGAAAUUCUACAUACGGUGAAAAAAAGUGAUCUAGACGCUAUUGUAGAAAUAUACAACCUAGCUCAAGAUAUAUACAAAGAAAUGGAUAAAACAAGUACAGACCAAGUAUUAGAAGAAGCUUUCUAUGCUUCGAAGGAUAUUCAAAACGUAAAAAGUCAACCUGAAGUGAGAGCACCCAAGAAAAACGACCACGUAUCAUACUGGUACGAACCUCUAAACAGCGGGAAAAUAAGACCCGCUGAUCAACUCAGGAAUGAUCUUCAACGAAAUGAAGUAGUACCCGGACCUAAUGAUGUCGUCCCUGUCAUACCAGCAGUUCUUAUGGCUGAUAUGGAAGUGCAGAGUUCAAAUGUAGUACUAAUUGCUUCAACACAACCCACUGUACCAAAGAUACAAACACCAGUGGUACCAGCGCAAGCCACAUUGGCACCACGAGUAAAACAAAUGACCGAUACAUACUUCAAUGGUCCACUAUCGAAUAAAGAUUUUGGUAAAUUACCCUACUAUUAUCCCAUGUCAAACUUCCAAAAAAUGGCAUCUUAUGUGCAUCCACCCCAACCGAAAAUGGCAAUCCCCAGUUUGCCACUUCCGAAACCAACAUUUAAACCCGUGACUUAUAGACCGCAGUACUACAUUGGAGGCAAAUAUCAGAAGGAAAUAAAGCCGUCAAUUCUUCUACCGUACCCAUUUUCUUACAUCCGUCAUUAUAAUUGGUCAUAUCCACAAAAUAUAUUCCACAGCAGACAUCAAAUAGACCAUUUCGAAGCUCGAAGAAAGGCUAACAAAAACCCAAAUUACAUUAAUAAACUUAACAAUGCUAUCCUAAUGAAUCCAGACUUAGAGAAUUUCCAGGAUUUGGCAGUAAAACUGACGAGAAAAGAGCAAAAAGUGCCAAUAAGUACGACGAUACGCAAAGUUAAAGAAGAAAAACGGAGGCCUGAAUGGCAAACGGACCCAUUACCCAAACAUGUAAUAGAAGAAGUAAGAGCUAAAGUUGAUGAUAAACAGAGGAUAUUAAAACCUUUUCCUUUCAGAAAGAGAGUGAAAUUAGAAAGAGUAGGUAAAGUAAUAAAAAUGGAUGAACACGCAUUGAACAGGAGUAAAAGGUCCACUGACGAAAAAAGGAAAAUAUCAGAAAACGACAGACUCGAACCAGAACUAUACGAAGUUUAUAUUGAAAGAACAACGUGUAAUUCGGACUACUCGGUGCCAGGCUAUUUCCGUUAUGGGAACCUAAGCGAACCCUUCCCCAACUGCUGCCCACAAAGAAUAGCCGGCCACAGAUAAAAUAACCUAUUUAGAUAGUAAACUGUACAUAAUUAAUUAAAUUUAAAGAUUUUGUAAAGAAAACGAGAAGAAUUAAUUUCUGAUGUCUCGAAGGACCAGAACUGUGUUGAUGAAUAAAAUCAGGUGACCUGGGCACCAAUUCUGCUAUUUACAAUGGCCGAAUUUGGCUUAAUAUGUCAAUUUUCGUAUACACAAUAAUUGCAAGUUCAGUACGGGACCGUACACUCAAGGUCAAUACAAUUAACCUACAAUUACUGUUUUGGCAAAAUG